UUCCUCUGCAGGUCCAUCGUCGGUUAUAGGCGCUUUCUCCUCAACGGGCAUGUCCGUGAACUAAAAGCCAUGGAUCCCCAAGGAUCGCUUCCAGCACUCGCCAUCCGUCACCUCCCAGGAUGAAGAUUCCACACCUUCGCGCAUCUCUGAUCUUCGUCUCCCCUGCCAUCGCUAGCCAUGCCUUCUACGUCGGCAAACACCUCACCGCAGAUGGCAGCGUCCUGCUCGGCGGAACAGGCGAAGAAGUAUCCAGCCACUGGCUGCAAAUCUUCCCCGCCGCCGACCAUCCUCCGAACGCGACAAUCGAAGUCGGAGUCACUGAAGACGCCGUCAUGCCCGGAACGCGAAUGAACAUAUCACAAGUUCCGCACACGUUCCGCUAUCUCUCCAUGGAGUACUCCGACUACGAAGGAUUCCCGGCCCCGCUUACGAACGGCGGCGUCAAUGAAAAAGGCGUCGCUGUAAGAGACGUCUGGGCGGAUAAUAGGCCCGAGCUUGUGGACAUGACGCCUAAUCCGCAGCAGGGGUUGCAGUACAGUGAUCUGGCGCGUGUAGUGCUCGAGCGGGCGAGCACGGCAAGGGAAGGUGUUGAAAUCAUCGGGCAGCUCAUCGCGGAGUAUGGAUAUGCUGAUUACGGCGGAAACUCGCACUUCAUCGCCGACAAAGACGAGGGAUGGGUUGUGUGGGAGAUGUCUGGCGGGCAAAAGCUGUGGGCUGCGGAGCGAAUAGGCCCAGAUGAAGUCCGCGUUUCCUACCCUGGAUACAUCAAGGACUUUCCCGUUGAUUUUGCGGACAGCGAGGAUUAUAUGGGAUCGCCGAACAUCGUCCCGUUUGCUGUGGAGCAGGGAUGGUGGAACCCGAAUGGAUCGGAGCCUUUCAACAUCUUCAACGUCUAUGGGUAUAAUCUGGAUGGGUACACGGCGCGAGACGGCGGCUUCAAGUACAUGUCGCAAGCCGCGCUGGAAAACGCAACACUUGCCAUGGUUCCCGUCUCGGAACAAGACUUGAUAGAGCGUGUUCGCGACUAUCGCAUCUCCGACGACGAGGCUGGGUAUGGGCAAGUCGUGAGCUUGCGCGCAGAUAUGGAUCCAGACGUGAUUCGCGUCUGGGUCGCACCUACAGGGUCCGUGACGGCGCCUUUCAACCCGUGGUGGCUCGGCGUCCAGGAAGUGCCGCCUGAGUAUGGAGAGCACCGCUACCUAACCGAUGGUGCCUCAAGCAGCUUCCUCAAUCCGGAUUACCAAUAUCAAGAAGCCACGUACUUCGCAGGCAGGAGGUUCAAGCAGGUCCUGUACUACACUUGCUCCGACCCGGAAACGUUUCUCCCCGUGGUACAACGCAUGUUGAACGGGUUCGAGAAUGCUUCGCGCAGCGGCAUGGGAUGGGUUGAGCAGAGUGCUCAGACGCUCAUCGAUCAUGGGCAAAGACAGAAUGCUCUGGACUUGCUGACCUUCUACGCUCGAACGCGUGCAAAUGAGGCUAUGGAACUGGGGCGCACCAUAGUGGAUGCGCUUGAUGCGUACGUUAAACUGACAGGAGAAUUCCGCAGGCCCAAAGGUACGGAGAUAAACGACGCUGGUCUAGGCGCGGAGACGGUGAAUUGUCUGGUUGGUUUUGAUCCAGAUCAGCCUUCGUGGAGGCAACCUCCAUCGCCUUCGAGGAGACGAAGACGAUCCUAGACCACGCGUUGUUACACAGUAGCGCGACUGCUCCGUGACUGUUGUAUGUAGCAGUUUGGGGAAGUGGGGGUGGAAAUCUAGCAUGCAAAGUCAGCCGCUUAUGAAGCAAAUAGCCGCAAACCCUUAGUGGCCUAGGGCUCCUAGAUCGAAGAACUAGAUAAGGUGCGGC